UCUGAGGCGUCAACAGCCACCAGAUUUUAACAAGAAGACAAUCAAAACAGGCAAUGUACGAAGAGUGUGUAUCUGUGCGCAUAUUUUGUUAGGUACACAUAGUAAGAGCACAUGCAUCCUUUUGAGCAACUGUGCACACAAUCAAGAAUAAAAAAAAGUGGCUGUACAAGGAAUCGACUACUGUGAGAGACGAAGCCCGAGGUAUUGUCCCCCGUGCCAAAUUUCCCAGAAGGCGUUCAUCUGUGUGUGGCAGGCAUGGCGCUGCUGUUUUCUGGAGCUGUUACAAGUUCACCAAUAAGAAAAAUGGAACCCCUGGCUGACCAGUCAUGUCACAGUCUGGGCGUGUCCCUGUUGUCCUCGGACUUGUCCUAUGAGUGCUACUCCGUCAACCCCCUGACCGGCUCUCCCUGCUCCUGCCGCCGCAGUCCCCGGCUCCUCUCCAACGGCUACUAUGUCCUGACCGAGGACAGCUUCAUGUUUGACGACGAGGGCAAUCUCUCCCUCACCCCCUCCAAAACCAACGUCUCCUAUAAGGAGAGACUGGUCAGAAUAUUUCGACGUAGGCGGAAGCCCCGCAGGUCACUGGCCAGCCUCUUCAACAUGAGCGAAACCUGCCAGUCCUGGCUGGACCGCAGUGUGUUCGGAGGGGUCAGGCACUGCCCCCUCGCUGAGUCCUCCUGGGCGGAGGACAGCAUGACCGAGCUCAGCACCCCCUGCGACUUCACUUACGACCCCAGCCCGCCCGUGACCCCCCCUCACAAGUCAGCUGAGAAACGCUGGGUGCAGGAAGAGGUCUGCACAGAGGCUUGCUUCUCUCAGGAGCAAUUCAGCCAAUCGCUGGGAGGCUUUCUGGAUGUCCCGCCCCCUUCUCCUUUCCUUGCCCAGACUUGCUGCCUCCAGAAGCCUCAGCCAGCAGAAUCCGCCAUUGUGAGGGCCAUUUUCUUCAUCAUCCUGACUGUCUGCCUCUUCACAGCAGUUUUCUCAAGGUGCCUUGUGGGAGGGCUGGCUGUGGCUUCCAUCACCCUCACUUUGAUUUUGACAUCUGUCUUCCUCGCAAAGUCUUCAUUCAGGACUACGGGGAGAUGGCGCAAGGCGAAGACCGAGGAUAUCACUUCAAGGAAUGAAUAGAUGAAGGCAAAAAGUCUCUUCUUUCUUAGCAAGGUCCGUGGAUUGGAUUGAAUUGGAGAGAGAGAAGAGAGAAGAAAGGGACAGAGUAAAAGAAAGCAGAAGAAGAGAAAGGAAAAAAGAAAGUGCUUGUGACAUUUUGAAGUUUUUCUUCUUGUAAGUGAAAUGCAUGCAGCUUGCUCAUGGUCUCAACAUGCUGUUUAAAGAGGUGACUGUUUUACAUGGCAUUGCUGAGAUCGAUGGAGCACUGACUUAGUGAAAGCGUAUUUCAGAUACUUUACCAAAAGUAUUGAAAAAUAUACUGCCAAUUCUAUUGAGAAGAUUAAUAGAAAAAACCUCUGAUUGGUUAUUUACCUCAUUAUUUAAUACAGAAGGUAAAGUAUAAGGAAUAACAGUGUUUUGUUGUGUCCUUAAAAUAAAUAUUAUUGUAGAUAGAAUACCUUGGCAGUUAUGGGGCCUCCAACAUGACUAGAUUUUUUUACCUCAAGUUUCUAAGAAGCAACGAUGUAGAUACACGGGUAUGUCUAAGCAAAAAUGCCAUAGCGUGACUUAGUGUCUUGUGAAAUCUAUCUCAAAAAAGUAAAAGAAAAAGCAGAAUUAAAAUUCCAGCCUGCAAUGAAAUGCCAAAUAGAAGCCAAACAACUGCACAAUCACAGUGGCUGAGUAUUAAGGUGAACACUGUAAUAG